CCGUUCCCACCGCCACUGUCAGUGCGUGAAGAUGGCAUAGACAAGGAAGAAGAAAAGGCAUAGACGAAGGAAAAAGAAAAGCUAUGGACGGUCGGGAUCUUUAGGGGUAACUCACAAUUACCACAAUUACCAGAAUUACCACAGUAUUACCACAAUUACCACAGUAGGAAGCUGUUGCAUGUUUCUCCGGCAUAGCAGAAAACUGGAUGAUUGACUGAUUAGAGUUUUUGGUUACGGAAUUGUAGUGGAAAUCUUCUUGCAAGUUCUGCCUUGUGUUUGAAUCUCGGGGGCGCAAGAGUCGUAGAGACGAUCCUCGGUAGUCUGUCUGUGGAAGACGAAGGAGAGGAUGGAAGAGGAUUGGAAGAGGUAAGCCAGAGCUGAGGGAAGACAACGAGUAUCAAAUUGGAGUGAAGUUAGAAGUAGCAAAUUAGAGUGCAGUACCAGCAGCCAGUGGUUGAAGCAGAGAGGGCGUGUUAGUGACGUGUAGUGGUAGUAGUAGUGGUAGUAGUAGUAGUAGUAGUCGUGGCGGUGGUAGGAGGAGAAAGAGGAGGAGGAGGAGGAGGAGGAGGAGGAGGAGGAGGAGGAGGAGUUGGAAGAGGACAAGCGAUAGUGGGAAUAGAAUCAGCAGCGGCAACAGCAGCAAGAGGAGAGGAAGGAGGAAUAGUAGUAGUAGUAGUAGUAGUAGUAGUAGUGAUAGGAAAGGAAUAGGAGGAAGAGGUGGAAGACGAGAAUUGACAGAGCAAAGAGAAGCAGCAGCAGCAGCAGCAGCAGCUAGAGAAGAAGGAGAAGAAGGAGAAGAAGGAGAAGAAGGGGAAGAAGAAAGAGCAGAGGAGAGAGAUGGAGCAAAGGGAAACGUGGGCGUCUAGUGACAUUUCCGGCGCUCCUAUGGCUGGCUCUUCGGAUAUCAGAGGAGCGAGGUUGGUGGAAGGGGGGGAGGGAAAGGAGGAAAGAGGGAAGCGAAGUGACGCUGAGCGGGAAGUAGCAAGUGAGGAGGAGAAGGGUUCAAGACCUGUUCCUGCUCCUGAACAGCAGCAGCAGCAGGUCAGUGGCCAGGAGGACCAAGGAUAUGGCGUGGGUCGUCAGACUGCAGCAGGUGGGGAGAGAGUAGGGGUUGUUGCCGGUGCUGCUGAUGGAGCCGCAGAUCCCUACGAUGUUGUCCCGACCGAUUGGGAACUGCUCACUCUUUCUCAGAUGGGCCUGUCCCAGUUCGAUCCCUCUGGUUCCAGCGGUGGCAACCCCGCCCGAGUGGCUGAGUCCCUAAGCAUGUUGGAUGGGAGUAUGCUGGACGCGUCGACCUUGUCGUCAGUGCUUGGGGAUAGUAGCUUUAUGGUGACUCCCAGAGAAGGGAGAGGAGGAGGAGGAGAAGGGAUCUUCCCGCUCCCCUCGCCGUCAGAUGUUGAGUUGAUGGAACGGGCAUCGGAGGCCCUGGGAGGCUUACAUGCGAGCAAGAUGAUUCCGCCUAGUUACGGGAUCUCGCCACGUGGCAUCGUCUCCACCACCCACGAAGAAGGGGGUUUGCCAGGUGGAGGAGGGCAAGCUGCCGGCAGCCCGCCUUUCAUCACCACGUGGCAGAGGGCCGGCUAUGGCGUGCAAAGUGCGCCGGGUCCGAUUUCUGCAUCAUCUCCUCUUUCGACAGCAACAGGCAGAGGAGUGUUGUCCUCGCCUAGGUCUUCUCCUCCUCGUUCGAUUACCGCGGAUGUCAAGUCUUCGCGUGGGGGUGGGGACCACCAGGAUCGCAGGCACGGUCAGGGGGAGGGGGGAGUGGAGGCGGAGACAUCGCCUGGAGGAAGGGAUGGAGGAGGAGGAGGAGGAGGAGGAGGAGGAGGGAGGGGGGGGGAGUAUGGUGAUGAUGCUAGUUUGGGAGGAAGUCUCGGAGAAGAUGCAUGGAGAGUUGCUAUCAGUAGCAGUGGUUUGGGCGGGGGUUUGCAGACGAGCUUGAGCGGGAGUGUGGGAUCCCGAUGGGAAGCGUCUCAGGUAGUAGUAGGAGGGGAAGGAAGCGCUGUGGGGGAGGGAGGGGUCUCUGAGUACAACAGGCGACGCUCCUCGGUGAUGUCGACGGACGCCUCGGCGUUGACUGACGCUGAUGAUUCCGAUUUGAUUUCCACAGACACCUCAGCGGAGAUGGCGAGACAGAAGAACGAGAGUGGAGGUAUGACCCACGUGGCAGACCGGGGGGUCGUUGGCACUGCGCCGCUUUUGAUGACGGGAUUGGGAUCCGACGCGACGGCGAUGACAGUGCGAGGGAAGGCGAGUGGGGACGAAGGCGUGAGCGGUGGUGCGCUGGAGGGAGAGAAGGAGGAGGCGGAGGAGAGAGAAAUAAUGAUGAGCAGGGCGGCUAUUCAAGAUGAUGGGGAGAGAAGGUAUUACGACAUGCCCUAUAUUGAUCGGGCUGAUCAGGAGAAGCGGCAUCAUCGAGAACCCGCGGGAUACGUUGAAGGCGAAGGAGAGGAGGGGAGGGGAUCUAGCCUUCAAUCGGGCAUAGGGUCCGUCGACGAUACUGAUGUACCUGUCGCCGGUUCAGGACAAGGGGGGCAAGAAAAUCAGGAAGGUGGAGAGACAGAAGAAGGGCAAGCGGAAGGAUCCACAGCUGCUUCUGCGGCCGAAGGAGAGGGAGUGCAACAAGGGAAAGUAGCAGCCGAUGGGAAAAUGACGCGUAAUGGGAAUGAGGCUAUCUUAAGUGGGCGAUGGUGGCGUUGGUCUUGGUAUGAGCUAUGGCAUAACAGGCACUUGCUGCUGAGGCAAUGCCAAGCAACACUCCGGGGACAAUCCGGAACUCUGUGGUCAAUUGGAGUUGUGGCAGCCAUCCUCGGGCUAUUGCUUGUUGGAAAUCAGUGGUAUUGGGAGCGGUGGCAGAAUCAGCAGGCGCGCAAUCACGCGUCGAAAAAAGACGAGAUGAUUGAUGACUUGCGGUCGCAGAUGUUGAGAUGGAAGGAUGGGUUUGUUAGUCGAUACAGGGUUCCGGUGAUUCGGACGGCAUCGAGCAGUUUUUACUCUGGCAGUUUCCAUUGAGAGAGAGAAACGGGGUUUUGCAGCCUACGCGGAUCGGUAUUUCUGUUGACUGUUUUUUUUUUCCAUGCGACGGACCUGCACUGCUGGUGUUCUAUUCUGAACUCGAGAAAGGAUGCAUGCAGAUAUGAGCAAGUUGCUGCAUUUCCGGUGCGGAGAACCUGCACUGGGGGAGCCUUGCUGCUUGUUCUGGGUGCAUGUGGCUUGCGGACACUUUCCGGCGGUGAUUCAUCGAAUGAUCUUUGAUCAGUGACAAUGGACAGAAGCCGGCUUUCAAUUCUUGUUGCAAAUGAUGAUGCCAAGCUUUGGAACUGAUCGACGACCUAAACGCCUAGUUGGGAAGUAUUUUUUGGUGCCUCCGUACGAAGGUAGCGCGAUCUCUUGAGUGUAUGAUGUGCAAGUUGCUGCAUUUCUUGUGAGUAGCAAGUUGCCGCAUCUCUGGUGAAUGGCUGGCCGCGCCUUCACGAAUCUCUGGCAUUGAUGCAAGGGCUGCUGCUGCUCUCAAGCUCCAUGGUUUGUCUCAACUUGUCUGCAGAGCUAGAUGUCUGUGCGGCGAGCCGCUCAAGAUGGGUGAAGGUAAUGCAGGCUGGAGCAAGUAGCUGAAAAAAAAAAGAUUGCAAUCUAGCAUCUGGUGUCAUGGACUCUGGCUGUUGUCGCUUGCUGGUGUGGUUUGGCUGGUGGGUUUGUUUUGGAGCGAAGCGCACAUUUGUGGUUUCUCUCUGAUGUGGUCCAAAGGUUCUCUGAUAAUGGGUUGAUAAGGGGCUCUGAUUGGGGGCUGAGGGUGAAGGGCUUCUCUUGAGGGCCCGUGCCGUGCGCCUCGUUGGCCCCUCGUCCUUGCAUGUACCUUGUACUAGUGUGUUUCAGGGUCGUUCCUUAGGUAUAUGGGUCCGUAGUGAUGGCCUUAGUAAAUAGCAGAUCAGUUGUGAUAGUUCGUACUCGACCUUCGACCUGUUAUUCCGCGGGAAGUCCGCAGGGAAAGCUUGGGAGAAGCUUGUUGAAAAUCGGCGUGCACUCGGGUGUCGACAUGCAUGGGUUGGUUGCAUGUUUGCGUUUUCGAAUUCUCAGAUUUUGCCAAGUUUCCAGGCAUAUUUCUGAUCUUGAACUAGGAUCUCAAGAUGACAUCUCCGUCUGUUUAUGUAAGACUGGUUUUGUGCAUUUGGUGUGUCUAAGCACCUUUACGUGUUUCGUCAAGAAUGGAGCUUGUGGCGAACAGACAACUCUCUUGAGCUGAACAGUCGAUCAACUCCGGCCAAGCGUAAGAAAGUGAGUGGUGUGUACGGCAAAGGCAUGCUCUGACAUGUGUUACAUUUUCUUUUUCUUGUCUGCUUCUCACAGACACGUUUGCGAUCUUUGCAUGCUUUGCAUUAACCGUACGUACUCGAGUCGAUGUGUGGAUUCAUGCAUCUUGCCCUAGGUUAAGUACUUGAGUCUAUGGGUAGCCUGUGUAGUGUAUGUGAGGCUGAAGAAAGGAUGGUACAAAACCUAAGUGCGAUCUAUAUGCUGCCUAUGUCUGGUCUAUGUGCCCGCAUGUGUACUUUGCACCACAUAGUGUGCAGCUUAUGUGUGACCUAUGUGUAGUAUAUGUGAUGGUGAAGGAGGGAUGGUACAAGACCUAAGUGCGAUCUAUAUGUUGCCUAUCUGUGGUCUAUGUGCUGCUUGUGUACUUCCCACCACAGCGUGUGCAGCUUAUGUGCGACCUGUGUGUAGUAUAUGUGAGGCUGAAGGAUGGUACAAGAUCUACAGUGUGCAGCUUAUGUGUGACCUAUGUGUAGUACAUGUGAUGCUGAUGUAGGGACGGUACAAGAGCUAAGUGCGAUCUAUUUGCUGCGCCUAUGUGUGGUCUAUGUGUUGCUUUAUGUACUUUCCACUGCAUAGUGAGAAGCUUAUGUGUGACCUGCGUAUAGUAUAUGUGAUGCUGAAGGAUGGUAGAAGACCUAAGUGCGAUCUUUAUGUGCUGCUGCUGAUGCAUCGGCGAAG